ACUAAAUGGUAUUUUUCACUCUUUUUUUUCCAGAAGUACUUCAGCUGCAGGGCAAAAUAGAAGGACGUGAGUUACUGACUUCCUCACAGCGUCAGGACCAGAAAUACUACCCUGUGCUUCACCAUCAAUUAGGAGCAGUUGAAAACCACCUCUCUGAAAAGCCGAUCAGCCGAUGACAUCAGUGAACACCUUUUGUAAAGCACGUUUUAUGUACUUCUGCUGAGAUCGUUUUUCUACCCUCCGUAUGGUUCUAUAUCACUUACUGGGCACUGAUGGUAGCCUCCAGAAAGUGCAGUUUCAAAUGGUCAACCUCAAUCUUUAGCAAGAAGAAAAUCUGGAAACUGGAUAGCAACAACAUCUUCAGAGAAAAUGGUAUACGAAGGAAAACAAUUAGUUUCCUGCCAUUGUUUCUUCCUGUUAACAGCCAAAUUCUGCUGGAUUCUCACCCUGAUGCAAAGAACUUAUGGCCAGGAAUAUGCCCACUCCAUCCGACUGGAUGGGGACAUCAUCUUGGGAGGACUGUUCCCCGUCCAUGCAAAAGGGGAUAGAGGGGUGCCUUGUGGGGAGCUCAAGAAGGAAAAAGGGAUCCACAGACUAGAGGCAAUGCUGUAUGCAAUUGAUCAGAUUAAUAAAGACCCCGAUCUUCUUGCCAAUAUCACCUUAGGUGUCCGGAUCCUUGAUACAUGUUCCAGGGACACUUAUGCAUUGGAGCAAUCCUUAACAUUUGUACAAGCGUUGAUAGAGAAAGAUGGUUCAGAUGUGAAGUGUGCUAAUGGCGACCCACCAAUUUUCACUAAGCCAGACAAGAUAUCAGGUGUGAUAGGUGCUGCAGCAAGUUCCGUGUCCAUUAUGGUUGCAAAUAUUUUAAGACUUUUUAAGAUACCUCAAAUCAGCUAUGCAUCUACAGCUCCAGAACUGAGUGAUAACACCAGGUAUGACUUCUUCUCUCGAGUGGUCCCACCUGACUCCUACCAAGCACAGGCCAUGGUUGACAUUGUGACAGCUCUUGGGUGGAACUAUGUGUCAACGUUGGCUUCCGAAGGAAACUACGGAGAGAGCGGCGUAGAGGCAUUCACCCAGAUCUCUAGGGAAAUUGGAGGUGUUUGCAUUGCUCAGUCACUCAAAAUUCCUCGGGAACCAAGACCAGGAGAAUUUGAAAAGAUCAUCAAACGCUUAUUAGAAACUCCAAAUGCUCGAGCAGUGAUCAUGUUUGCGAAUGAAGAUGAUAUUAGGCGAAUACUGGAAGCAGCCAAAAAAGCUAAUCAGUCUGGACAUUUCCUAUGGAUUGGCUCAGAUAGUUGGGGGUCAAAAAUUUCACCAGUUCAGCAUCAGGAAGAAAUUGCAGAAGGAGCAGUAACCAUCCUACCUAAAAGAACAUCUAUAGAUGGAUUCGAUAGAUAUUUUCGGAGCCGAACACUUGCUAACAAUCGAAGAAACGUAUGGUUUGCAGAAUUUUGGGAGGAGAACUUUGGAUGCAAGUUAGGAUCUCAUGGAAAAAGAAAUAGCAACAUCAAGAAAUGCACAGGCUUAGAAAGAAUUGCAAGAGAUUCAGCCUAUGAGCAAGAAGGAAAAGUUCAGUUUGUAAUUGAUGCAGUAUAUUCCAUGGCCUAUGCACUACAUAACAUGCACAAAGAUCUCUGUCCUGGAUAUAUUGGUCUGUGUCCAAGGAUGAGCACAAUUGAUGGUAAAGAACUACUUACCUAUAUCCGAGCAGUAAACUUUAAUGGGAGUGCUGGAACACCUGUUAUCUUCAAUGAAAAUGGAGAUGCUCCUGGACGUUAUGAUAUUUUUCAGUAUCAGAUCACCAACAAGAGUACAGAAUACAAAAUAAUUGGUCAUUGGACCAAUCAACUUCAUCUAAAUGUAGAAGACAUGCAGUGGGCUAAUAGAGAGCACACUCAUCCGGCAUCUGUCUGCAGCCUACCCUGUAAAGCUGGGGAAAGAAAGAAAACCGUGAAGGGGGUGCCCUGCUGCUGGCACUGUGAACGCUGCGAAGGGUACCACUACCAGGUGGAUGAAUUCAAUUGUGAACUGUGCCCCAUCAAUAAGAGACCGAAUGCCAACCGUACAGAUUGCCAGCUUAUCCCCAUAAUCAAACUGGAGUGGCAUUCCCCAUGGGCCAUUGUGCCCGUCUUCAUAGCUAUCCUUGGUAUAAUUGCCACCACCUUUGUCAUCGUGACGUUUGUGCGGUACAACGAUACUCCGAUUGUCAGGGCCUCUGGACGGGAGCUCAGUUAUGUGCUCUUGACUGGGAUUUUUCUCUGUUAUUCCAUUACUUUUUUAAUGAUUGCCACUCCUGAUACAGUGAUCUGCUCAUUUCGAAGGAUCUUCCUAGGACUUGGCAUGUGUUUCAGCUAUGCUGCCUUGCUUACCAAAACAAACAGAAUUCACAGAAUAUUUGAACAGGGUAAGAAAUCAGUCACAGCUCCCAAAUUUAUUAGUCCAGCUUCCCAGCUGGUGAUCACUUUCAGUCUCAUAUCCUUGCAGCUUAUUGGAGUCUUCAUCUGGUUUGCCAUUGAUCCACCACACACCAUAGUAGAUUAUGGAGAGCAGAGGACUCUUGAACCAGAAAAUGCUAGGGGAGUUCUCAAAUGUGACAUUUCAGAUCUGUCUCUCAUUUGUUCCCUUGGAUACAGUAUUCUCUUGAUGGUCACGUGUACUGUUUAUGCUAUUAAAACAAGAGGGGUUCCAGAGACCUUCAAUGAAGCAAAACCCAUUGGAUUUACUAUGUACACAACCUGCAUAAUUUGGUUAGCUUUUAUUCCAAUCUUUUUUGGUACGGCCCAGUCGGCAGAGAAGAUGUACAUCCAGACAACAACACUUACUGUCUCCAUGAGUUUAAGUGCUUCUGUGUCUCUGGGCAUGCUCUACAUGCCCAAGGUUUAUAUUAUCAUUUUUCAUCCAGAGCAGAAUGUUCAAAAACGGAAGAGGAGCUUCAAGGCUGUAGUGACAGCUGCCACAAUGCAAAGCAAACUGACCCAAAAAGGAAAUGACAGACCAAAUGGCGAGGUCAAAACUGAACUAUGUGAAAGUCUUGAAACCAACACCUCCUCUACGAAGACAACUUAUGUCAGUUACAGCAAUCAGGCAAACUGAGCAGGGAUGAAAUUAAAUGGAAGACCUCCAGAAUGGGAUCUUGCAAAGAAAGACUUUACCAUCACCAGAAUUCAAUCCUGGAAAUAUCAGUAGUCUACAUUCAAAUCAAUAGUCAGUCUCCUAAAGAACAAGGAUUAAACAAGAGGCAAAAGGCAAAAUGAGACAGGGGAAGGAAAAGUUCUGUUUUAUAUCAUAUAUAGACAGUGUCAAAUGUCUGAACUGUUCACUCACAAAAGGAAGUAAAUCACAAAAGGAAAACAAAUGUUAGCUUGUGAAAAAAAAUGCUGUUGAAAUAAAUCAUGUCUGAUGUUAUAUUUGUAAGUACUUUUCUGUGAUUGUGACAAUUUCCUUUCCUGUCCUACAUUGUUCAACUUGUAAAAGAAGAAGAGUUUGUUUCUUGUGAUGGCUGACUGAAUUAAGUCCUGGGUUAUGCUAAAAUAAAUGCAAUGGUCAACGCAUGCUAAUUUUUAUACAAAAUAAUUUAUUUCUAAUAAUAAAGGAAUGUUUUGCAAAUGUUGAGACUUGUUUUGUUGCAGUUUUAAGAAAAAAAGAAGUCCUUACACUGUUGUCUAUUGUUUGUUUAGAAUGUGCAGUAAAGGUGGGUGUACAAAUAAAGUAAUAAUCAUGGCAUCAGAAGAAUGCAGUGUAAACUCUAAGCAUACGUGCGUGUGUUUGUAUGUGUGCACGUGUGUGGGUGUAUGUACGUGCAUGCCUGCAUGCAUGUGUGUGUGUACUCUGCAGUGUGUGAAUUUAUUUGUUCAAAAUUUUGUAACUAUAUUUUCUAAUCAAAGGACUUCCCCCCCCCCCCUUCUGACCCUCAAAGUAAGUGCAUUUUAUAUGUUUGUAAAGUGAACGAGUCUUGAUGGUGAUUAUUUUGUAUGAUUGUAUUAUAUUUUUGAACCUCAACUAAUAACUCUGAUCCUCUUCAUUUGUGGAACUUAAAAUUUGUAAGAAUAUAUGGCAGCUAGACUGGAUUAAUCUUAAAAUUUAUUCAGCCUAGUAUUCUGUCUUUGACAGGGAAUGUAGCAGAUGCUUAUCUCAAUAAAGGUGACUUUGAAAUUACAGGAGAGAAAUCAAUUGAAAAUUUGGAAAGCAGUAACCUAGUGGAUAUAAACGUUGUUGCCCAAUGAACACUUAAAAAUUAAAGAAAUAGAUGCCCAUUAAAAAAUUUCACAUCUUCUAACCUACCUUGUUAAAUGAUUGUGUGUGCAUUAGAAAUGUUUACAAAAAUAGAUAAAUUCAUAUAGAUAUCUGUCAUGUUAAUAAGCCCUUCCAAAGAAGAUUAAAAGAGACAGCUAGGGACUUUCAGUUAUUACCGUAUCUGUGAUGACUUUUUCACUCCAGCAUUUACCACCCAGCAGGCCAAUGGAUCUUCACAAUCAGUUGGUUAUUAAAUGUUCUUUCUCCUGAAUUUGUCUGGAUGGCUCCUUGUGCUUUUUUUUUCUCGUAGGAGCUGUAUUUGAAGCGUAGCCUACAGAAACCAUCUAAAUCCUCAAUUACAUGUUUGAUGACUUAAAGUAUCUGAAACUGAAUCACUUCCUGUUACAAUGUCAACCUUUAAAUACCAGCCCAGUUGGUAAAUGUCAGUGGAUUUUGAUUUUCAAAAUACCAAAGAGAAGACAUAGGCUUUUUUGUUGUUGUUAUUUUAUUGUUUUUGUUUUGUUUUCCCCAGUAUUUAUAUUAAAUCACUGACUGAGGAAUGCUAUGGAAUAACAUGGUAUAGUGUAGCAUAGUGUGUCUGGUAUGUGUCUUAUUCCUUGAUUUUCCACAAGUACAUCAAUCCCAACCCUGUGAACUAACAUUUGCUCGAUGUAAAGCCUACAAUUAACGAAGCUAAUAUAAUGAGAUUUAUUUGUACGACCAAAACUAAACUGAUCUGGGAGAAAAAGGAUCCUCAAAACCCUAUUCGUUGUUUUUGACCAGCAAAUACCAUAUUGAGCUAUCUUGUGUAAAUGGACUACAUCAUUGUUUUUACAGACAGAUUUCCAUAUUUAUGAUAAACUUCCUGACAGUAUUUUUUUUUUU